UUUAAACAGGCAUAGUUCAGACACCUUGUUGUCCUCUGAAAGACCCUUCAUAAUUCCAACAUGGCGGCGUCCAUACGGGUGUGCUGUGCCCUCCGCAUCACAAUCGGAGGUGCAGCACCACUCCGUACCAUAGGGGGAGCAGUUCAGGUAUCCCACUUUGCGAGUCGAGCCUCAGCUGCUUCUCUCCAAAGAAACCCUGCACUUGCAUUGUUCCCUGCAACAGCAUGGCAGCAAACCAGACAUGGCAGCUUCUUCAACAAGCUAACGGCUGAAGAGUUGUGGAAAGGUGUGUUGGCGGAGUCGGGUUCCGGAGCCAGGAAGGGCCGAGGGAAGAGAACCAAGCGCAAACUGAAGAGGGACCUGAACCGAGGACAGAACAUCGGAGAAGGUCGUGGUGGUUUUCUGUGGCCUGGUCUGAACGCUCCGGUGCUAAAGGAUGGGACUCUGCAGAGCAUGAGUCGCAGAGGCGAGACUGAGCAGCAGGAGGUGCAAGCUGAACUAGUGCGUAUGAGGGAUGAGUGGGAGAGGAAGAGGAAGAUGAAGGUGAAGAGGGAAAGAGGAUGGACAGGAAACUCCUGGGGGGGCAUCAGCCUGGGCCCCCCUGACCCUGGACCCAAUGGAGAAACUUACGAAGACUUUGAUUCACGUGUCAUUGAGGUCAAGAAUGUGUUCAACAUGACGGCCAAGGAGGGCAGGAAGCGGUCCAUCAGCUGUCUGGUCGCCGUGGGAAACGGCAAUGGAGCCGCAGGCUUUGCGUUGGGUAAAGCAGCAGACAGAAACACAGCUCUGAGGAAGGCCAAGAACAGAGCCAUCCACUACUUGUACUAUAUAGAACGAUACAACAACCACACCAUUUAUCAUGACAUUGAAUCCAAGUUCAAGAGGACAACGCUACGCAUGAAGAAACAAAACGAAGGUUUUGGUCUGCACUGCCACCGGGCGGUCAUCACUCUGUGCAGGCUGAUCGGCGUACAGGACAUGUACUGCAAAGUAGAAGGAUCUGUCAAUCUCCUCAACAUCACCAGAGCCCUCUUCACAGGAUUAGCCAAUCAGGAAACCCACCAGAAGCUGGCCGACAAGAAGCAGCUCCACGUUGUUGAGUUUCAGUCGCAGCGAGGCCCGCUGCCCAUGGUGGUGGCGAGUCCUAAAGACGGUGCACGACCUAUCCCGGAGCCUGAGGACGAGAUCCCCAACACCCGGCUGCACUGGGACGACGUACAAGCCGCACAGGGAACCAAACACUCGAUCUGGGCGGGUGUCAAACGUACCAUCUGGUAGUGGCCUGAUGACUGCAUCGGGCCACAAGACAAAGGAAUGGACUGAUAGAGACCAGGAGUGUCAGAUUGAGGGCCUGACUUUUGGCUUUCAUAAGAAAAGCUGAAAAUAUGUGUGGAAUAAGAACAUUCUUGUUUAAUCAUGUCCAGAUCUAGUGGAUUGUGAUCAUUUUGUCAACUGAGGACUAAAAUUCCAUUUUUCUCAAACUGAAGACAUCUCAUUUGAAAACAUAAUCCAGCUACACUCAGUAAAAGCCACAAUUGACAUUCAGUAAAAUAUUAAUGCCCUGGAUAUCAAUGUUUCCUUUAUAACUGUAAAAGAUUGUUCUACUUCCUCGUCCACGUGGAAUUGUUGCAAAAUACAGUAUGAAAUAAAGUAUGGAUCUGUAAAAAUA